UAUUUCUAAUUCUUUCCAAUCUUUGGCCAUGGCUUCUUUUGCUUCAGUUUCCCCAAUCACUGUUGCCACUCUACCUUGCACCAAGGGCAGAAGCAUAACCUGCCAGGCUAAUGGCUUAUCUAGCAUUGGAGGUCCAAUGGUUAAGGGACUAAGACUUGUGCCCAAGAUCAAGAUCACUAGGGCAGCAGAAAGAUCAUUUCCAAUCCCUAGUUGCCUCAAGACUGCAAUCUCAUGUUCCAUUGCUCAACCAGAGACUCUGCUAACUGUCCAAAGCACAAUUGCCAAGCAACUCUCCAUUGAUGAAAGCACUGUGACUCCCGAAACUAAGUUUGUCGAUUUGGGGGCUGAUUCUCUGGACACAGUUGAAAUCUUGAUGGCUUUGGAGGAGAAGUUUGGAGUGUCCGUUGGAGAAGGGGGAGCAGAGAACAUCUCAACCGUUCAAGAUGCUGCUGAUCUGAUUGAGAAAGUGAAAUCAACUUCAACUUAAGUCGAUGUGAAGGAAAUUAAUUCCUUGCUGUUUUCCAGUCAAGUUUUGUUUUCUAAUUUUUCCCUUUAGAUUAUUAUGUCACAACUCGAACGAGAUCAUGACCUAUAAUUUUCGUUUGGAAUAUGGAAUGGAUUAUGACAAAUAAAUUUAUCAAACUUUUACCCUUAGACUUUUUCUUAGAGACUCUCAGACAGCAACACCUUGAACGCUUCAAGAUAUAAUUCUUCAUCAAUUGCAUAAUUGUGUGUGGUGCAUAUAAGUCAAAGUAUACUUUUGAGCAUGAGGGGUUUUUUUUUUUUUUUUUUUUUGGUGGAUGACAUUUUCUCAAGAAAGGAGCAAUAACAUACUAACAGACACUACACGACACUAGGACUUGAACUCAUGACCUUUCUCC